AUGAAAGCUUCUGGCGAGGAUUUCGAUCCUCAAGAAGAGUUUUAUGAUGUCCUCCAACAAGAGAUGACGCAGAUUGAGAGUCUGAUGGAUAUGGAGGACGAUGAUGCCUUGUUUGAUUUGUUGGAUGAAAUGCAUGACCGCAAUGAGGAGGAAUUAGAAGAUUGGAAUGAAGUCUCAUUGGCUCGGUCAACUGAAGUGGAUGUAUCUGCUCAAUCAUAUGAAUUGACUGAUAUGCUGGACGAGGAUUAUGGUGCCAUUGCCAAGGCUAACGAAAGGAAUCAAAACGAGGAAGAUAAGAAGACUGGUCUCGAGAAGAAGAAGAAACGAGAGCAGGGACACAAGGCUCGCGAAAAGGCUAACGCAAAGGCCAAGGCUGCUCAUGAAGCUAGAAAGGCCAAGGAAAAGAAGGAACUCGAAGUGGGCGAACGAAGAGAAAACGAAGUGCAAAAGGAGCAUGAAAGGAAGGAACGCGAAGCCUUCGAGAAGCGCAAGACGCAGUUGAUAGAAGCAAAGGAAAAUUUCGAGAAGGAUAAGGAAAAGAAGAUGGACAUCCCUGGAAAGGCAUCUACUGGAGAUUGCUUAGCAUCCUACAGUGGUCAACCUCCGGCAUUUGAGGAUGCAGAUCUGGACGAUGAUGUCGAAUCGGGCAGUGUUUCCAUCGAUACAGACUCUAGCGAUGAUUCAAAAUAUAGCUCGGACCACAGCGACUACCGCAAUAACAACGGAGCUGUAGGAACGCCCUUAGCUGUCUCUUUACAAGAUGACAGCGAUUCAGAGGAUUCCAACUCGGCGCCCCCAACUGCACAAAACGAUAGCCGUGUCCGAAUGCAAUCUUCCAGCGCUGGAAGACUUAGUACUAUGAGGGCCAAUGCACAAACAAGUCAUGGAUUGUCCCCUGCAGAUGAAGAAAUUGCGACAAGGUUCCGAAAUAUGUUGACGACGGGAAUGUCAAUUGGAGCUGUCUCACAGCAGAUGACGACCGAAGGCGUCGCACUACAUAUUCAGGACUCUGUUGUUGCCAAUAAUGGAGAGGUGCCGAGACCACCAGGAAUUUCUGCUCCGCCAGCUGGAGGCAUGGCAUCUGCUCCAGGUGGAGGCAAGAUUGUUGGGUGUACGAUGACACCAAAAGGGACUACGUUUGGGGUUGUGCGGAAGAAACAGGAUGCAAAUCUUGGAACUCAAUUCAACAAUGCCGGUAUCGUUAUGACACCGGAAGAGGUUGCCUCCAUGCGGAAGAAGCGGGGUGAAUGCUUUGUAUGUGGCCAGAAGUGUUUCAAGAAGAAGGUCUUCAAAAUGAUUCCUUUGAAUAUACCGGGAAAGGUACAGAAGGGAAAGUGCUUAGUAUGCAACCCAAAAGACAAGGGUGCAGCUCCGGGUACUAGUCCUAUAAUGGCCAGGUUUAAGACAGGGCGCGGUCGAAAGGCACCUCAGAGGACUAAAUCAGGGGGCGAAUUUGCUGGAGAUGGUGAUGAACCAGUCCCAGGUUCACGAAUUUCCGCAUCUAGUCCUUCAACAGGACAUGACUUCACUAUGCAUUCUGCAAGACGUGCCACAUUGUCCGGUCCAGUGACAGGUCAGAGUCUCCCUGUCCUAGGUUCACGUUUGUCCACCUUUCGACCUUCAACAGGAUAUAACUUCAAUUUCCGUCCUACGAGAGGGCCCCCAAGACCUGGUCCGGCGAGAGAGCAGGGUCUCGCUGGGAGUCCAAGUCUUUCCACACCUGAACGUAGCCCUGGACGCGACUUCGGUUUGGAUAACUUUCUGGAUUCAAAAGAAUCCGCAGAUGCGGAUGAUGACGGGGAUGCUGCUAUAUCUGGUGCUGUGGUUGUAUCGGAGCCUUUGAUUGAAGAAACUGAAGAGGAGGAAGAAUCAACGCCGCCAACAGAGUAUGGUGAGGAAAAUGCCAAGGCCGGUGGAAAGAAGGUCUUGGAUGAAAAGAAGUCGGAUGGGGACGAAGAAAUAAGGGCCCGAAAAAAGAAAAAGAAAAAGGAAGAUGGCGACAAACCAGAAUUGGGAGGUUUCUUUGACAAUUCGGCGGGAGCACUCGAAGCUGUUUCACAAGGCAUACUUGCUGAAAGCGCUGCACAAAUCACCCAGGACUCGGUUGCCAGCGGACUUCAACUCGACGACCUUUUCUCUCGACAUGGAACCCCGAUGUACGGAGGAGCCUCGCGCAUUCCAAUGCCACCACAACAGAUUGCGGAAUUGCGCAAGAAACGGGGUGAAUGUGUCUCAUGUGGGCAGAAGUGUGUUGAUAUUAAGGUCUUCAAAAAGAUUCCUUUGGAUAUCCCGGGAAAGGUACAUAAUGGAAAGUGCUUGCAGUGUAAGCCAUCCGAAUUCCAAGAGCCAGCACGACAACAUGCCACGACUAUCAGGCAAGAGGAUAAUUACAUGGAUACUUCUACUGAAUCUAGUACAGUCAUUCCAGAUGAAAUUGCAAUCAUUCUGGAGGCCGCAACUACAGAAGCAACCACCAAAUCUAAGCUUCGCCCCGAAACGUUACAAUUUUUGGAUACGAUCCAUGGCUACCUGGUCUGUCGCGGCAAGAUGGAUGCAAAGCAUGCAGAGGUUGACGAAUUCAAUAUCAUCGCCAACCACCCACUUCAAGUUGAUCCUGAGAAAAUUCGAGUUUCUGCAAAUGAUCCAUUUAGUUACAAAGCUCAAUAUCAACAGCAGUCUACACAGGGUCAUUCUAUCAAAUCUCUCAAAGAACUGUACGACGCUGCAAAUGCAACUGUCCCUAUUUACCGUAUGACAAUCGACGAUGUCAUUAGUAAACUGCUUGCAAAACAUGGAAAGGAUCAUGUCGAUUUCACUCUGAAACUUUGUGACUUGAAGAGCAAAGUCCGGGCACAGGAGAAAGCUAAAGAUGACUAUGCAAAGAGAAACCCCAAACCGGCCUUUUCUUGGCUCUACGAUAUUGUUCGAGGAAGCGUCGAGUUUGGAUCGGCACUCCAUGUCACGGAAUUCUUGGAUAUCUUACAAGAGGAACGGUCUAUCGAAAUCGUCAAGGCCAAGAAUCGUUUCAAGAAACCUAGUCUGACUGGUUACAGAGAUCUCAAUAUCCAGUUCCAGAUUGACACAGGAAAGGGCUUCAAACAUGUGUGCGAGGUGCAGAUACACCACAAAGCAAUCAAGAAACUCGACGAGGAGCUUCGAAGUCAUGACUACUAUCAAUUUUUUCGAUCAUACUUUGCUGGGGCUACUAGUAGUCUUGAGGAGCGACUUGAAUUGUUGAAGCGGAUUAGCUCCAGGGGUGCGAUCGAUGACUUGUUCUUGAGAGAUAUGUUAACGACAAGCAAGGAUGUUGAACGGCUAGAGAGACUCGGUGUUCUGUUCCGAGACCAGCUGUGUGAAUAUCAAUGGGCGUUCUGUGUGUACGCAAGGCUGUUCGAGAUCCACAAGGAAAAACAUGGAACGAAGCAUCCCUCCGUAGCCAGUACCUACAGUGGCAUGGCUUUGGUGUUGAAGGAAGCAGGGAAGCUUGAUGAAGCGAUGGUGCUUUACAAGGAGUCCCUGACCAUUUUCAAGUCCGCCUUCCACGAACAGCACUCAACUAUCGCAAAUACAUUGUUCAAUAUGGCUUUGAUCCUAAAAGAGCAAGGUGAGCUUUCUGAAGCCAUGUCUUUAUUUGAACAGUCAUUGAAGAUCGACAAGAAGAAUCUUGGAGAGGACAACGCUGCUGUAGCAAACACAUAUAACGAAUUGGCUACUGUAUAUCGAAAGCAAUCGAAAUUGGAGGAUGCAAUGUUGCUGUUCCAGAAGAGUCUCGACAUUAAGAGAGACGUACUUGGGUCGGAAGACGGGUCGAUUUCGGACACGCUACAGAACAUCGCGGUUGUACUAAAGAAUCAGGGAAAGCUGGAUGAAAGUGUUGAUCUGUUCCAGCAAUCGAUUGACAUUGCCAUUAAAAGCAUGGGUGCGAAUCACUCAUCAGUUGCCGUCGGAUAUCGCAAGAUGGCUUUGGUCUUGGAGAAACUAGGGAAAGCGGAUUUAGCGCUGGAAUUCUAUGACCGAUCACUAGCGAUUUACGUGAAGAAUGUUGGAGAGAAGCAUCUAUCGGUUGCGAGGUUAUAUAGUGACAUGGCUUAUACUUUCAAGGCACAGGGUGAUCGAGGGCAAUCCAAGAGAUACUUGUUGAAAUCAGUAAAUAUCAAGAGGAGGGUAUUUGCAGAGCGAAGCGUCGAAAGCGGUCUGCGAAAAAAGCUGGUCAUGAUGAAACGGAUGCCCGAGCAGCGACACUUGAGCCCUUUAAACAUCGAAAAAAAACAGCUAAAAUGA